CUGUAGUUCUAUAGCAAACACUAUCUAAGCAUAGGCGCUCUCGCUCUAGAUCACCACGCGUCACCCAUCCACCCGCCGGCGCUCUCGCUCUCGGCUUCUGGCUUCUGCCUUCCGCACGCGUCGCCCAUCCACCGUGAGAGAUCCCCGGGGCGAGGCGAGGCCGGCCAGGGUGGCAUCCUUCGUCUACCGCAGCUCCUCCAUCGACAGCAACAGUUAGAAGGUGCACAUUUGUGUUCAUAUUGUAUUUGACCAAGGAGAUUAGGCCUAAGCAUGGGGGUUCCAAAACAGAGGUGGACUUCCGAGGAAGAGGCUGCUCUUAGAGCUGGAGUAGCAAGAUAUGGAGUUGGAAAUUGGCGCACAAUAUUGAAAGAUCCAGAAUUUAGUUCCACCUUGUCCUAUCGCUCGAAUGUUGACCUAAAGGACAAGUGGCGCAACAUGAAUGCAAUUGUCACUACAUCGGGUUCUCGUGAAAAGGGGAGGACUGCUGUGAAGAAAACCCGAACUACUAAGAAUAAUGAUCACUCCACGGCAAUCAGCACAGUUACUUCUGAUGUUGAUGACGAGAUUGCUGAUGCAAAGCCUAUAGCAUCAGUGUCUAGUGAAGCACGAAAUACUUCAAAUCCUAAGAAACCUCAGUCAAGGCUAGACAAUAUUAUAAUGGAGGCUAUAAAGAACUUGGAUGAGCCUACGGGGUCACACAGAACUACUAUUGCUACUUACAUAGAGGAGCAAUAUUGGCCACCUAGUGAUUUUGAUCACUUAUUGUCUGCAAAACUGAAGGACUUGGCCUCCAGCGGGGAACUGAUAAAGGUGAAUCGGAAGUACAGGAUAGCACCUAGUUCACCGUACUCUGAGGGCCGAAGCCCCAAAAUGCUGCUGCUGGAAGACGUGAAAAGAGAGCCCUUCAAAGUAGGGAGUGAUGAUAGUAAAACCCUUACCAGAUCUCAGGUUGAUGCUGAAUUGGCUCGUAUGGCAACCAUGAGUGCCGAGGAAGCCGCAGCGGCUGCUGCUCGUGCAGUUGCAGAGGCAGAGGCUAUCAUGGCAGAAGCUGAAGCAGCGGCGAGAGAAGCAGAGGCUGCAGAGGCAGAUGCUGAAGCUGCAAAGGCCUUUGCUGAAGCAGCAUUUUUUACAUUGAAGAACAGAAAUGCUGCGAAAAUGAUGGCCCAAGCCUGAUGUUACUCGGAGCUGUUCCGGUUCAGCGUUGCCGCAGGUGCCGGCUACCUAUGCAGUUACAUGUGUACCGUUGUCCAGGUAAACGCAGCUGCCCCCCUGGUUGUAUCAAAUUGUUUUACUGGAGCCAUGUGAGCUCGAACGCAGCAACGAGACAUACCAGCUUGGUAUUCCCCUCGCGACGCCAUUUUCAUAACUCAGUGGCAUGCAUGCUAAACUCUUUGCCGAUGUCAAA